UCGAUAGCUGACUGCCGAGGGGUACGGCCGCGCGCGACUUUCCCAAAAAUACGUCUUACGUAUCGUGUUUAAUUUUCAGAGUGAACGUAAUUUUUUCUUUAAGUGUAAAUAAUUAGAUUAGAAUAAAUGUGUUUUAACGUGCCAUGGUUAGCUAUUAAAGGAUUUGAAUAGAACCCAUCAAAUGUGCAGAUGUAGAAAUGUAAUACUAAAACUUCGGACCUCCCCAAAAAUGAAGCGGCGAUCUCUAACGACUGUCCGCGAGGAGUCACCACCAAAGUCUCUCUGCAGUGACGUCACAAUUUACGUCAUGGUGACCACGACAGCUGUCCUCAGUUACGUCAACAGCCUCAACGGGGACUUUGUCCAUGACGAUAUACCCGCCAUAGUGACGAAUGGGGACGUGGUGGGGAGUAACUCGUUGAAGCAAUUGUUUUUAGAUGAUUACUGGGGCAUGCCGAUGGCGGAUGCUAAUAGUCAUAAGUCUUAUCGGCCGUUGACUACGCUGAGUUUUAGGUUAAACCACGCCCUCGCGGGUCUCCGACCGUGGUGGUGGCAUGCUUGCAAUGUUGCGUUACACGCUGCAUGUUGCGCGCUGGUUGCGCGAGCGUGCGUUACAAUAGCGCGGUUGCAGAGACCGUUUGCAGCGCUCGCGGCGCUGUUGUUCGCGGUGCACCCUGUACAUACUGAGGCGGUAGCUGGAGUAGUGGGCAGAGCUGAUGUAUUAGCUUGUAUAUUCUUCCUAUCUUCCCUCCUCGCGUAUCAUAGGCCUACCAGUAAUAAGAAGUGUGUGUGGCUGAGUGUGGUGCUUGGAGCUCUAAGUAUGCUGGCCAAGGAGACGGGCAUCAUGAUAUUUAUACUGAAUCUAGCCUUCGACUUUUAUAGAUGUUGGCCGUUUGUUAAAAGGUCGAUAUGUUCGUUGAAAAUUGAGAAGAAAUGUACUGGUCUGUCUCUAAGGACUAUUAAAGUAGUGGUGUCCUUAGCUCUGCUGGUCUGUCUCAGGCUGGCCCUAUUGCAAGGAACGUGGCCUUCUUUUUCGCCUCAGGAUAAUCCUGCUGCAUUUCAUCCUAGUUUUUUUGUAAGAUUGCUGACCUUCUGCUACUUAGCAGCGUUCAACUGGUGGUUGCUCCUGUGCCCGUGGACAUUGAGCCACGACUGGCAGAUGAGCUCGGUGCCUCUCAUCACCAGCGGCUGGGAUCCGAGAAACUUGCUCACUUGUGCGGCUUUUGGGGCUGUGCUGUUACUGUGUUAUCGGUUUAUUGCGGAUUUAGAAGUACAAAAACACACGCCAGCAGUCAUAGGGCUGCUGCUCAUGGUUCUUCCGUUCGUGCCUGCCAGCAACCUACUCGUCACAGUCGGUUUUGUGAUCGCCGAGAGAGUGCUUUAUAUACCCAGCGUGGGUAGUGUAAUAAUAACAGCAUAUGGAGUGCAACUGAUGUGGUGUUCCAAGCCUGGCACUAAGAUGUUCCUAGCCAUUGGUUUAGCAGUGCUGGCUGCCAGUGGAGUCGCGAGGACUCAUAGGAGGAACGCCGAGUGGAGGGACAGAGCUACUCUCUUGAGGGCGGAUUUAGUGACUUUGCCGCAGAACGCUAAACUGCACUACAACUUGGCGAACUUUCUACGCGAGACAGAGCAGCAAGACAGCGCCAUCAAACAUUACAAAGAAGCUUUGAGAUUAUGGCCCACCUACGCGAGCGCUCACAACAACAUUGGCACCCUAGUCUCAGGGAUGGACAACGCCGAACACCACUUCUUACAAGCCAUCAAGUUCAACAAGUACCACGUGAACGCACACUACAAUCUUGGCAAGCUUUAUAAGAAAAGUGGCCGAACGCAUCAAGCGGUAUCAAUGCUAGAGAAGUGCAUAUGGCUGCAGCCUCGCUUCGUGCAAGCUCACGUGGAACUGCUCACGAUGAAGACUGAGAAUGAGAAGCAGGGCAUACUCAGCAGGCUGGUGGAUCUGGAGCCUGGGAACUGGGAACAUUAUGUGCUUUAUGGUGACUGGUUGAGGAGUAGAGGUUUACCAGCGCCAGCAGCAAAAUACUACCUAGAAGCCACAAGACUGAGUUUUAGGUAUCGAGGAGCAGAACGUAACGUGAGAGCAGAUCUAAUAUCCUUCAGAUAUACUGCGCUCAUGUACCGGUCACUAGGACAGAAGUCUAGGACACUACAGUUAUUAACAAGGUGGCAUACAUGGCGCCGAGGCUGGCCAAGCGCGGCCGCUGCGCACAUGUACUUAAGAGACUGGAGACUCAAGAUGGAGUUGGAGGGAAGAGCGCAAUUAUAUUCUAAGGCUGUCAAUCCUACUAAAUCAACAAAAUGCUUCGACCACACACAACUAGCUGUCGGUCCAAAAGAAGAGCGAAUACCGCAAAAAGAAGAAAAAAAUAAAACAGUGAACACAAAAAGUGUGACCAAAACGUCAAGUGAUAAACCAGACAGUGACAAUAGAUCGUGUGGGACCAAAAAACGUGACUUAUCAGUUUCUUCGCAAAUAAAAACUACACACAACAAAUCUGAGAUUGGCCUGAAAGAUAAAAAGUGUACCUUGCAUAGGAAAGAUAAGAAAAAGGCAAACGGUGUUAUAGGAACUAUGGGUGCGCCUUUGGUUGAACAUAUACUUAUGAAAACGUAUUGAUUUGGUCGCUUUUUCAUGAGUUUAGGUGAGCAAUUGAGACUGGCUACUAAUAAAAAACAAAA